UGUGGUCUGUCCUCACCCCUUACUGUUUCCUGCAACGAAGUCCUUUUCAGACGAAGGGUCCAAUGUAAAGCGGAGCUUUUCAGUUGAUAUGUAAACACCAUGGAUAGUACUUGCUCAGUUCAGAUGUUGUUUUCAUCAUCCCUGCAGAUAGUGGAAGUAGGCAGCGUGAUAAAUAAAUCUCCUCUCGUCUUUGUGUAGCUGAAGGGCGUGUUUCUGUGCCACUAUUCUACAAAGGAACUGUUUCUAUCUCAGGCUGUUCAUCAGAUUGCGGUCUGCAGAGAUCCCAGGUGGCUGGAAUGGAGGAGGAAGAGGCCCAGUGCUUCCUGAAGAAGCUUGCAGAGGAAUUCCCUGCUGCUAUGGAAGAAGAUACUCCUCUGCCGGUCAGCUCCCUGAGUCAGAGAGUCUCACUGGAGGAGCUGCAAGGAGAGAGUCUGGAGCUGGGCCAGAGGCUGCUGGCUGCUCGGGGAGCUCCUUCAGGCCUCAGGGUUCUCCUCUGCCAAGCAGCGGUCACGCAGCUUCUGAAGGACGACCUUUCUCCAUUUCACUGUCCACAGGAAGCUCAAGCAAACCUGAAAGAUGAGGAAAAAGUUGUCUUACUCGAGUCGGAAGCAGUCCAGCGGCUCUUCCUUAGGCAUCUGAUAGGUGUAGCACUCAGAUGGAACCAGGAGCUCCCCUUCCCCUUCCCUCCUCCGAGCUUUCAGUGUUCUGUUCAUGCCAUCAAGAACACAAGGAGGAAGAUGGAGGACAAGCAUGUGGCACUGGCUGAAUUCAACCAGCUCUUCGGCAUUCAGGAUGGAGUGGAGCGGGCCUACUACGCUGUGUUCGACGGUCACGGGGGAGUGGAUGCAGCCAUUUACGCUGCCACUCACCUCCAUGUUGUUCUGAGCAAACAGGAGACGCUGCAGAGCAACACGGACAUGGCUUUUAAAACUGCCUUCAAGAACACAGACAACAUGUUCAGAUGCAAAGCCAAGAGAGAGCGUCUGCGGAGUGGGAGCACAGGGGUGGCCGUGCUGAUUCAUGGUCAGCAGUUGACUGUGGCUUGGCUCGGAGACUCUCAGGCAAUAUUGGUUAGGAAGGGACAGGUUGUUACACUCAUGGACCCACACAAACCAGAGAGAGAGGAUGAAAAACAGAGAAUAGAAGAUCUUGGGGGUUGUAUCACCUUCAUGGGUUGCUGGCGAGUUAAUGGCACCUAUGCGGUCUCGAGAGCCAUUGGCGACUUCGACCAGAAGCCAUAUGUGUCUGGGGACGCUGAUUCUUCAACCAUCCAGCUGUCGGGGGAUGAGGACUAUGUGCUGCUAGCGUGUGAUGGCUUCUUUGAUGCCAUCAAACCUUCAGAGGUCCCAGAUCUUGUUGCUAAGGCGCUCUGGGGUGCUGAUGACUCUGAAACUGGAGGGAGUCUUCCACCAGAACUCGCUGAAGAUGGAGUGGGACACAGAGUUGCUGAGAGACUGGUAGGUGAUGCCAAGGCAGCAGGGUCCAGCGAUAACAUCACUGUAAUGGUGGUGUUCCUGCGCCUGCCUGGCCAGCUGCUGGCUAACACAUAAAUCCAGCUGUGUCCAGAGGAAAGGAAUCAUGCAGCUCGCCUCAGGACAUACUCAGACAGCCAGACUAACCCAGAAUCAUCACCUUUGAUAUAUCCACAGCUGUUAUCUGUGCUAGACUGGCAAAUGAUUUGAUUUUUUUAUGCAAGAAAUCAUGCAAAUCCAAUAUUAUGUGCACUCUAAAUGGAAAUUAUUGUGGACAUCAAAAUAUACACAGUGGUGUGAAAUUGACAGUGUUUUACAUUUACAUCAACAUAUAUAUAUAUAAAAUAAUGGUAAAACAGUUUCCACCACUAAUGAGACAUGCAUACUAGUUCAAUGGUAAAUAUACAUCAGUUAGGGGAGAAAUCAUCAGUAGCUUGGUUGUAAAUGUGCACCAUGUUAAACUAAAUGUUUGUUUUGUGCACCUAUUGAUCCACCAAACAACACUCACAUGAUCUGAUGAACCUGAUGUAGCUCAGCUGUCCUAGCAGGAGUGUUUUGACAUUUGCAUCAUUUACCUGAAGCUCUCCACUGGAGCUGUAUGUUGUGACUCCAGCUGUCUUCUGAAUUUUCCAUGGGUGGAGAGCAUCACCAAAAGAACACCAUUGAAGCACAGAGGUGGCAUCAUCAUACUGUGGGGUUGCUUUUCUUUAGAUGGCAGAUGGAUUUUUGAAAGGGUAACAGAUCCAUUUAGCAGUCAACCUUUACCCAAAACUUUCAAGUCUCUGAUGCCAAGUCCAAGGAUCCAUCCAGAUCAACCGAAAUAUAAACUAUCGGACACAAUGUUUUGGAAUUGGCUGCCAGAGUUCAGAUCCUGGCUGAACUCUGGUAAGGUAAAUAUUUCUAAGUGAAGAUGCAGCUGUACACACCCACACACACAAACUAAGACGGACAAAAGAAGAAAGUUGAGUGGUUUGUGUUAAGACAGUACCCAGUCAGAACAUGUGUACACAAGGAGACCAUGCGGACCCACUGCAGACAGAUCAGCAGGGACCAACACAGUCCCGACUUAACUGUCAGAGUCUGACUCGCCCGCCAGGUCCUGAUUUAGUCUUCAAUGUCUGACUUGGUCGAUAGGGGCAAAUCGGGAUUCGGCUGUCAGGGUCUGUCCCGACUGCCAAGUCCCAGUCUUCAUGGCCUGACUCACCUGCUGGCUCCCAACUAGGCCAUCAGGGUCCAACUUUUAGGGUCAAAUUCAUCUUCAGGGUCCGACUCGCUGCUGGGUCCCAACUUCACCUUUAGAGACCGACUCAGUCAUCAGGGUUCAACUCGGCUAUCUGGUCCUGACUUGGCCUAGAGGUUCCAAACUAACUGGGCCAAAGAAAUCACUUUGGCCUGGUUGGUUCUGGAUGCAAGUUCUGGUGGUGUUAACCAGUCCCCUGCUGGAGUCCUUCAGGUCCUGGUGAUGAUGUGACCAGUACCUGUUGGCAGACAAGAGUGCCAACAGAUUUUAAUAUUUGUGCCAACAUUUAAUACCUUUUUAUGUUACCAACAUAUCUGUUACAUAUAUGUCCUCUGAAUGUCCUAUGCAAUCUCACUGGAGGCUCUGAGCGGUCCAUCUCACACAUCACAUUCUUUUCAGGGACUUUCCAAACAGGAAGUCCCAUUUGUUCAGUCUGAGCAUGUCAGAGGAUGCAUGAAUGUGUCUGUUCAUGUGAUUUCACUUAAAGGAAUGUGAUGCCAGCAGCUAAUGGUUGGCCCAAAGCUGACACGCUUAGGCUUGAUCGAUAUUUCAGUUUGCUGCUGUUUGCAAAACUGGCAGAAUUAGCAGAAACUUCCUGCUGGGACUGGCCCACACAGGCAUGUUGGGCCUGCAGGCACACUCAUGCAACACAUAUACAUUUAACCUACAUAACCUUCAGCUAAAUUUAACAGAUUUAAUAUAUUGAUUUAUUUAGAGGAGGUUAAGUUACAGUUUAGAAAGUUUUAUUUUAUCAAGAUUUUGGCAUAUCUGUGGCAGUGAGAGUGUUACUUUUUUAAUCUGAAUGCUUUUCAGACUUUAUCUACUUAAUCUGUUCUGUUAGUGGUGUCAGUGUAGAGGGCUAUUUCUUGAUGGAUUUGUAUGUUUUGGAGGUGGGUAAACCAAAAGUCUCAUGUGCCACAUAGAUCAAUUAGAACCUCUUUCAGAUCAGAGUUUUGUAAUAAUCACAACUCCCCUUCCCAUUCACAGAUCAGCUACAGGUCAAACUGGCAGGAUCAUGGAUCAAUAAAUGCUUUCAGAGCAGUCUGAACCAAAGGGGCAUGGCAUACUGUCACAUCACCAUUAUGGCUAUGCUGAGUAUGAUUGUAGGUGUAGCAGUGGUGGAGCAAUAUCAACGACACAUCUUGUCCCAUUAUCUCUGUUAAUCUGGUCAGGCCGAGCUGCUAAAAUACAGAUUGAAAUUAUGAUCUAAAAGGGGCUACAGUUAUGAGGAAUGCUAAACAUUUUUAGAUUGCCGGCUUAUGAAAGCAGACUCCAAACUUUGUUUUGAGACAAAGUAUUAAAUGUGUCUCUUAUCUACUUAGAAAAUGCUGAUGUUAAACAUGUUGGAUUAUGUACUGACUGUCAUUCUGUUGGUAUUAUAAUAUUUACUCCUGUUUAAUGAUUCCUUUAUGAAAAAUGUGAAUACUUUUUUAGAAAUAGUUCUGAACCACAUCCAGCUGGAUUUAAUGUCAGAAUCUCAUUUUACUCUCUUACACUGUGGAUUAAUGACAUGGUUGGUUUUGCAGUUUUGUAUUCACUAAUGACUAAAUAAAAGACUCCAAACAAGAUAUUCAUCAGUUUUA